UUAAAAUGUCUACUGCUGAAGAAGGCACYUGCUCACCCUCUUCAUACUCCCAAAGUGGUUUCCAAUUACAAGGCCAUGUAAUCAAGAAGAUCUCAACAACAUCCGCAAGUGCCUGUAUGCAAGAAUGCGAAUUACACAACCAAUGUUACAGCAUCAAUUACCACAAUGGCCACAAACGUUGUGAGCUUAACGACGCAAAUCACUUGACAAACCCCAAAAGUUUGACCUUCUCGCAGGGAUAUGAUUACAAAACCAACCCAACUCGCUCUCCUUCAAAUUGCAGCAUCACAUACUGCAGCCGUAAAACUGACAAGUGUUUGAUUGACAGAAAUGGGCGGGACUACAAAUGUCUGUCUUGCAAAGAUGACGGAGGUCAAGAAGUCAUGACAUUUCCCCAAGAAAACGUUCAAAACAAAGUUCUYAUUGAGCACUGGUUCGAGUCAUUGAGCGCCUUUACCGUAUGCUCAUGGACCCAACCAACUUCAAAAACCUUCCACACUGUCUUCAGCUAUGCCACCACAAGCCAUCACAACGAAAUAUUUAUAUACAUUCAAAAGACUUCGUCUGGUACAUUUUUGGCUUUUUCCUUUAAAACGGCAUAUGUUACCGGYAAGGCAGAGUAUCCAGUUGAUGGCAAUUGGCACCAUACUUGUUUGACAUGGGGGAACACACUUGGGGAGUGGAAAAUAUACAUCGACGGCGUUAUGAAAAAACARGGCAUWAAAGGCCCAGGUAGGGUUAUUGGCAAGGGGGCUCUUGUACUUGGUCAGGAYCAAGACUCAUACAAAGGAGRCUWUGMAUUACAUCAARGSUACCAAGGCAACUUGACCAACGUAAACCURUGGAACAGGGUCCUCACAGCACAAGAGGUGUCUGACUUAUCUCUAUUAUGCUCCGCUGGAGAAGGGAAUGUUAUCAAGUGGUCAUGGUUCGCAACAAGAGGAGAAGGGAAUAUCCAAGUAUCAUGUUCCAACGCUUGUCUCGGAGGUCUGGCUAGUAGCUUACCGUAGCUGCACCAGGCACCCUGUAUCAACUUGAACGAGCUCCUCAGGCACGAGAGGUUCGUGACUACAGGGACACUGUCUAUACGUUUACGAAACCACAUAUUAUUCAAUUAAAACAAUUCAACUUGUAAUUUACACCAAAAGAAUAAGUCAAUGCGUCCAGAGAAACAAGGAAGACAUCAACAUAGUAGAGUGAAAACACUUUUAAAAAGCUUGGAACACUUUGCACUAUUUUGUGGUGAAUAUCGUUUAUUAACUAAAAACAAUUGAAGUACUAUACAAUUGAAGUGAUCACACUUUAA